CGUGCUGCGCCGCGGCUGCGAGGCGCUGAGGGGAGAGGCGCCGCUGCCAGCGCCGCUGCGGGACCCGUUACAGCGGAAGCGCAGCCGCCGCCGCCUUCGCGGUCCUGGGACCCUUGGUUCCCGGCAGGUGGGAGGCGGGAGCCAUGUCGAAGCGGCUCCGGAGCAGCGAGGUGUGCGCUGACUGCAGCGGGCCGGAUCCUUCCUGGGCAUCAGUAAAUAGGGGAACUUUUAUAUGUGAUGAGUGCUGCAGUGUCCAUCGGAGUCUAGGACGCCAUAUCUCUCAAGUAAGGCAUCUUAAACACACACCCUGGCCUCCAACAUUGCUUCAGAUGGUUGAAACCUUGUAUAAUAAUGGUGCUAAUUCUAUAUGGGAGCAUUCUUUGCUGGACCCUGCCUCUAUUAUGAGCGGAAGGCGUAAAGCUAAUCCACAGGAUAAAGUACAUCCAAAUAAAGCGGAAUUCAUAAGAGCCAAGUAUCAGAUGUUAGCAUUUGUCCAUCGCUUGCCCUGCCGGGAUGACGAUAGUGUGACUGCUAAAGAUCUUAGUAAGCAACUCCAUUCAAGCGUGAGAACAGGGAAUCUUGAAACCUGUUUAAGGCUGUUAUCUUUAGGAGCACAAGCCAACUUCUUUCACCCUGAGAAGGGAAACACUCCACUCCACGUGGCCUCCAAAGCAGGGCAGAUUUUACAGGCAGAAUUAUUGGCAGUAUAUGGAGCAGACCCAGGCACACAAGAUUCUAGUGGGAAAACUCCUGCUGAUUAUGCAAGGCAAGGAGGGCACCAUGAGCUGGCAGAGCGCCUUGUAGAAAUACAGUAUGAGCUGACAGACAGACUAGCCUUCUAUCUCUGUGGCAGAAAACCAGAUCACAAAAAUGGACAGCACUUUAUAAUACCUCAAAUGGCAGACAGCAGCCUGGAUUUGUCUGAAUUGGCAAAAGCUGCUAAGAAGAAACUUCAAUCUCUAAGUAAUCAUUUGUUUGAAGAACUUGCCAUGGAUGUGUACGAUGAAGUUGACAGGCGAGAGACUGAUGCAGUCUGGCUUGCCACGCAAAACCACAGCACCCUGGUAACCGAGACAACUGUUGUCCCCUUCCUUCCGGUCAAUCCUGAGUACUCAUCGACACGAAACCAGGGCAGACAGAAAUUAGCUCGGUUUAACGCCCAUGAGUUUGCCACGCUGGUUAUCGACAUUCUCAGUGAUGCCAAGAGGAGACAGCAAGGCAGUCCUCUUUCUAGCUCAAAAGACAAUGUGGAGCUCAUACUGAAAACGAUCAAUAACCAGCACAGUAUUGAGAGUCAAGACAAUGACCAACCAGAUUAUGACAGUGUGGCAUCAGACGAAGACACAGAUCUGGAAGCUGCUGCAAGCAAGGCAAACAGGCAGAAGAGCCUAGAUUCAGAUUUAUCAGAUGGACCAGUCACUGUGCAGGAAUUUAUGGAGGUCAAAAACGCUCUAGUGGCUUCUGAGGCCAAGAUACAACAGCUAAUGAAGGUGAAUAACAACUUGAGUGACGAGCUGAGAAUUAUGCAGAAAAAGCUUCAAACACUCCAGAGUGAAAAUUCGAACCUCAGGAAACAGGCCACAACCAAUAUAUAUCAGGUGCAAACUGGUUCUGAGUACACAGACACUUCCAACCACUCUUCCUUAAAGCGACGUCCAUCUGCCCGGGGCAGUAGGCCCAUGUCCAUGUACGAGACGGGAUCAGGUCAGAAACCAUAUCUCCCAAUGGGAGAAGUGAACCGCCCUGAGGAGAACAGGACAAGACUCCAGCCUUUCCCCGCACACAUCGGGAGGAGUGCACUUGUGACCUCCUCUUCGUCUCUGCCUUCCUUCCCCUCCACACUUUCCUGGUCGAGGGAUGAAAGCACCCGAAGGGCAUCCAGGCUAGAGAAGCAGAACAGCACACCUGAAAGUGACUAUGACAACACUCCCAAUGAUGUGGACCCAGAUGACCCAGGGUCAAGCAGAAAGGGAAGGCAAAGGAGUGUGCUGUGGCAAGGGGAUGGCUCGGUGCCAGAUAUAGCAGAAGCCCACACGGUCCCAAGCCCCAUCCUCCCCAGCACUGAAGACGUCAUCAGGAAGACUGAGCAGAUCACCAAAAACAUACAGGAGCUCUUAAGAGCGGCCCAAGAAAAUAAACACGACAGUUAUAUUCCCUGCUCAGAGAGGAUACACAUAGCUGUUACAGAAAUGGCAGCAUUAUUCCCCAAAAAACCCAAGUCUGACAUGGUGAGGACUUCCCUUCGCUUACUGACAUCCAGUGCCUACCGCCUCCAGUCGGAGUGCAAGAAGACCCUUCUGGGGGACUCUGGCCCAUCCGCAGACAUCCAGCUGGUUACCCAGCAGGUCAUCCAGUGUGCGUAUGACAUAGCCAAGGCCGCCAAACAGCUGGUUACCAUCACCACCAAAGAGAACAACAACUGAGCCGCACAGUGCUGGCCCUUCCAUUCUCUAGGCUUUGUAAAGUCUGGUUUCAAAUUUAUGGAACUCUUCUGAUUUUUACAGAAACAAACAUUUAAUGAAAGUUUAAAACAUUUUUAAAAAUUCAGUAUUAUUUUUGCAUGUUUUCUAACAAAUUUUCAACUAUUAAUUUAACCCACUUGCCUUAUUUUGUGCCUGUUUGCCAGUUUACUUUCCAAUGUUCUGUUGUGCUGUCAGUGUCUGUUGAGUUAAUGAUCAGAGACAUCCCAGCAUAGCUUCAUUGUUUUCAAGUUUGUUAGAACUUUUCCAUCCUUUAAAACUCCCUGCCUAUGGUUAAAACUAUAAAUGAGAUUUUUUAGCAAAACAUAUUCUUGAGAGUUUGGGGGUAAAAAAAUAAAAUUCCCUGUUCCUACCAAGCAUUAUGCAAUAGCGCAUUUUCCAGCCUACUGCAAGAAUCUCUGCGUUUGGGGUAUCUCCAAAUGUGUAUGUAGAGAAAGGACUUUGCCACUUCCUAAAAGUAGUGUAACAGUCUCUCUUGGAAGGCCACAAUGAAUUGCUCCAUCUCUCUUUGACUGUUCUAUCAUGUUAGACGUUCUUCUAUUUAAUUUUUUUCUCUCUUGAUCUCUUUCCAUUUUACUGUCACCCUGAAGUCUCAGUGGCAUCAGAUAAGCACUCAACCUGCAUGUCGUGUGUCAGCCAUUUGGCCGUGUUCAGUAAGAGCCCCCCCAUUGUUACAUGUGGUCAGUGCUCUGCCUUGUUACAGGAACCAGACAUUUCAUUCCCAAGUGCAGCAGGGAGGAGAAUCGGUACCGCAAGCCAUACUGAUUGUGUACCACCCCAUUCAGGGAUCACUGCCAUAAACUGUGGAGAGAAAGAAUCUGCUCCCCGACAUCACCCUUAGGACUUCUGGCAAGAUUUAUACUACCAUCUGAGUUCAUUUCUCCAUUACCUCAUGGUACUUAAAAAUAAGAUGUCAGCUUUCGAGAAUUCCUUGGAGAGUAUACUCUAGCUGACCACCAGCUAUCCCAAAGCUGCGAAAGAGUACAGGUUUAAGUAUGGAACACACUGAGAUAGUUUCUUAAGUUACUAAAAAGACCUUCCUUGUUCUGAAUGUUAAAGCAUAUUCCUGUCCCUGCUUUUUGCAGGAGCUGUGUGUUUGUGUGGCUCAGACCAUGAACUAGACAAGAGGAGCCAGGCAGUAGUGACAGAGAUGAAUGAAAUGAGCAGGUGCAGAGCAGGGAAUGGGGUCUGUGGGUAGCGCACGCACACCCACUAGGGAUAGCAGCUACCCUGCUCUCCUAAGACUGUCACGUGGAAAAGAGGGUCAAGGGUUUCCCAAAGCUUUGAUUUUUCAAGACACACCAGAAAAUUGGAUCUUUUUGUGUGUGUGCUGUGUCUUUGUUUAUAAUGUUGACAGCUAAACAUUUUCACAGCUCACGUGUGGGUGAGCUGUGGCCUAGGCUGCCAGCUCAUGGCCUCUUCCCCAGCCCCUGUAAACUGCAUGGUGAGGGCCUGGCUUCCCUGGUCAUACCUUAUUUAUUCUCUGAGCCUUCCCUGCAGCGUGGCUGCCCUGCCCUCUGGUAAGUUGCUGGUAGUUCUUGUUUCACCCAUAUCUUCUGUCCCAUAGUGCUCAUUCACACAUGAAGAAGCCAGAAUAAUCAAAGUUGCCUAACUACAUGCUAAAUGAGCAUGUAUUGUCACAAAACUGUUUGAUAACACCUUUAUGCUGACCGUAUGCUGUUGGGAAAGGAACACCAUGAUGGUGUUUGGUUUACUAAGUCACUGUGUGUGAAUGCUUUUGAUGGGUGUUGCUGCACUGACAGUGUGGGGAGAGGGUCCACAUCUCCAAAGACUCAGCCACUGGCUUGUCUGCACAACCCCAAGUGCCAUGUUCCUGCUGGACACUGAGGAGACACCUUGAAGGCUACCUUCUCCCUUCAGUUCAAGCACCAUCUGAUACCUUCCCUACCUACUGCACAUACUUAGCUGUCCCUUCUCUUUCUUGCAAAUACCUGCCCUCCUGUUGGUCCCAUAUGGGUCUGCAGGAAAGGCCCAGUGGCAGUCCUGAGUUGGUGUCCUUGGCCUGCCCGGAAGGGCUAUGAAUGAGUCACCUGCAGUGGGCGAAGCCAUGUCUUCACUUGAACACACGAAGACUGAGACAGAGGAUGUGGGUCUGUGUCCCUAGAGAAACUCAAGGAAUGUGGGAUCCACAAGCACUUCCAGCGAUAAGAACAGCACAGAAGUUUGCUGUUAACCCACAGUGCCAAAGCUCCCGAAGGAUGUUCCCAGGUGGGGGGACACACAGUGACGGCGGGUGCAAGUCUUCCUUCUCCGUAGGUGCCCCGCACGCUUCCUCAGCCCCAUCCGAGACCCAGUGUUGGAGGUUCUCUGGUCCUGUUGGCAAAUCGCACCAUGUCUGCACAGUUGUUCAACGCCUUUUGCACAUGGGUUCCACAGCCUCGCACUAAUGUCUGUGUCCUGUACUGUCAUUCUCACCUAAUUCUCCAAUCCCCACGCCCCUCCCAAAGCUGAUAGGAUGGACAUGCACUUUACAAAACUGGCACUUGCUGAAGAUGAGACAGCUCCACCCCUAAGCUCCUUUUAACCGAAGUCAUCUGCUUCAGACUGCAAAUAGUUUGUAUUUGCCAAAGAACAAUGAAUUGGGCCCAAAGAUCAAAUAACAGAAUUUCAUAAAAUUGGAACUGUAAACGCACAACUCAGGAGCUGUUACCUGAUUCUUCCAGCGACUUAAGCUGUAGAACCAAGAGUAAGCAUGUGUCUGUCCUCCACAGCAGCUGUGAGCUUCCCAAUCAUACAGUUUUCCUUCUUUUCUUCCCGAGUUCAAGGUCACACUUGUUUUUACAAAAGAAAAUGCUGCAUAGGAAAAAUGAGAUGCCUUUUAUCCAAGUGUUUUCCCAGGUCAUCCAUUCUUCUGUACUUUUUCAUUUUUACUGUACAUUCUAUUCCUGUAAUUAUUGUACAACCCUUUAAGCGUUGUAAAAUCAUUUUGGAAGUCAUGCCUGCUAGUUAUACAAUAAACAGGCUCUGUAAGUGUC